UCGUGUGUGUGCAGGUGAAGCGUUGGGUUGUGUCACCAUCCAUGUGCGUAUAAUCUUGAGCAGCACUAGCACUAUGGCAAGUGCCGUAGAUGCUGUGGUAGAUGAGGGGGAGGCGUUGGGUGGUGUUGUGGAUAAAUACUUCUCUUUUAUCUACGAGGAACCCACCGAUGACGCCUUCAGCGAUGUGGAAGAGAGCGUGAUCGACUCUGCCGUCGGCCACGGCUCUUUCAUGGAAGACACCUUCCUUACCACAUUUCCAGAUGACCCCACAUACCAAAAUAUGUGCCAGGAGGAAGAUAAUACCUCGGACAAUGAUUGUAAACCAGACUCAACAGACUUGGAAGCCGAACAAGGUGUGAAGAAGGUAAACACGUCCGUCGCUCAUUUGCAGUCUGAGAAUCUCGCUGGCAGAAGCCCCCAAGGUGGUGGUGGUCAUUCUCUAAGACAUGAUUUGGGGAGUCUCGAGAAACUGAAUGCAGAUGAGGCAACAUCCUACGAACAUGCUUUGAAGAGGUUUAAAAACGACAAUGCUAGUCUAGAUGGGUACGACUCUGAAGCAGAAUUAUCGUGUUGGGAAGUUCCGGAGUUAAUGGGUGACACAACCACUAGUGUGGGAGGUGAUGCCCCAGCCUGCAUGUCUGUCACCACCACUCUGCCUCUGGAAAACCCAAGCCCCAAGGUAAACCAUCAGGUAAAUCCACAAUCGAACUUUCAGCUGAACUCUCACGUGAACUCGGAUCUGGACUUAUCAUAUGUGCAUUUAAAUCCGGAGUCGAAGCCCCUGUGUGGCCUUGAGGCAGAAUCACCACAGCACGGGUCUGUGAUGACCACGUCUCAACCACAGCACGGUCCUGUGAUGACCAUGUCGCCGCCACAGCACGGGUCUGUGAUGACCACGUCGCCGCCACAGCACGGACCUGUGAUGACCACGUCUCAACCACAGCACAGUCCUGUGAUUACCACGUCGCCGCCACAGCACGGUCCUGUGAUGACCACGUCGCCGCCACAGCACGGGUCUGUGAUGACCACGUCGCCGCCACAGCACGGUCCUGUGAUGACCACGUCGCCGCCACAGCACAGUCCUGUGAUGACCACGUCGUCACCACAGCACGGUCCUGUGAUGACCACGCCGUCAGACCCCACCGUCUCCUUCACACCGGAAGCACAGAAGGAGACUAGUCCCGAGCCGCAGCCCAACACCGUUACUCCUAUCCUCUUGUUCGACAACUCUCACUCCAUUUACGUGAGCGGCGACGCCCAGGACCGGAACACGAGAGCCACGGCAGUGUACCUCAACGCCAAACAAGACAGGUCAUGCAGUUAUGUGGUUCCUUGCCAUGAUAGUUCAUCCGCAGUUACCAUUAAGAUUAACCCAGACGAUGAGAGCUCCGUAGAUAACGUGUUAAUAGGGGAUUGCGAUGCGGUUUUAGUGAGUGAAGUGGGCCCUGACGCCUUUGGAAGGUUUCUUGAGGAAAUGCAAAAACCAUACAAGAGUGUUGCCUUUAGUAAGUGUGAACAAAGUGGUGCUAGAGUUAAUUUACACGAGGAAAUGCACAAGCCUUUCGUGACAGGUGAUUUCGGCGAAGUUAACAGUGAGGGUAGCGCGAGGUACGAUAGUUUUGGUGCUUGUGGGGACGGUGCUGUGCUCGAUAUUGAGGCGAUUGAGUGUGAUAUCCUAGACGAAUUGUUUGAGGGCAUUAUCAAGAAAGAGGCGAAUUCCACAUCCAAACUGUUAAAGCCCGAAGAGAUUUUAGUCCACGAUGGGAUAAGGGUGGAUGGGGAUGAUUGUGGUGGGAUGGAGGAUAGCGGUGAGAGGGGUUGUAUGCGCGAGCCCCCGAGGGAGGAGCACGAGGGAGGUUCUACCCAACCUCAGUCGGUAAGACAAGACUUUGUGUCGACCGUCUCUGAACUGGAAUAUGAUGCUCUAGAUUUCAUGCUGCCUGAAAAGCUAUCCCGGCCACACACUCCCAAGAGGCUGACUAUCCCUAUCGUGUCAUCAGAACAGAGACAAGUCGUUGAUGGGGCUAGCGACAGGACAUUAAGUAAUGAUAUCCCUAGGGAGAGAGAUGGCCUGUCUGGGGACGGGAGUAGGGGGGAGGGACCUGUUGCUCCCGCUAUUGAAAGUGAUGACGUGAGUGCGGCAGGUAAUUCAGAUCACGAGAACACGGGUGGGGACCGUGACUCCACAUGUUCUGACACGUGUUUUGUGUCGGGGAGCACAGGUGAGCAACACCGGGCACUUGGAGAUCACAGCGAUGACCCGGCAUCACCCCAAUCAAUCACCCAAGACCUACCCAGUUUUGUCGCAGCUCUAUCUGUCCCCUCCGGCGAAAUGGCCACACCUUCGGAUCAUCCUCUCCCGCCCACGUCUCCGGUCACCUGUAGUGAGAGUGAGGACUGCUCUUGGCAUGAAAUUGGGGCAGUAGGUGGUGCUGGGAUCUGGCGUCCUGACAAACUUGACGCCACCAUCUCCGCACCGAACACUGCCACUCAUAACGCUGACAUUCGCGACUUCGAAGCUGACUGUGAAUCUGAUGAGGAUUCUGGAACGGGACUUGUGGCAGCGGUAUCAAGGGUCGUACGGCGCAGUAUGAGACGCAUGCGACGCCUACGUCUAUCUGGGCGUGGGUCACACCGCCGGAGGCACGGUGCAAGUCAGGGAAUAGGCGUGAGUGAGGAGACGGAGGUGCGGCGUGCCCUGCCACCUGCCCCGCCUGUAGGUCUGUCUGCCGUCCGCUCCCCCGCCGCCGCCUCCAUCAUAGUCACCUCUCUCAUGGCUGCUCUCGCCCCACCUCCUCUCUACGCCCCUAGAGAGACCCUGGAGCCCCCACCAGGUGACACCCUCACACGAAGUGAGCGAGAGAUGACGAGAGGACCUGAAGGUGUGAUUCCUUGGCGACGACGUCGCCGCUCCAGACACCGUCGAGUGGCGUCCAUGGGGAGCCAUGACCCGCCCUCUGACCCCACCACCCCAACAGCGCCCAUGAGUCUAGAGGUUGAAGUGGGCGGCUAUCUCCCCACGGGUCCCAGGAGCCUGGACCUAUACGCCCCUAGCGCCCCACCUAGCAUGGAGGUGCCGGAGGGCUCCUGGGAGGCGGCGGCGGUCAUUCCUCGCCCGAGCCUCGCCUCCCGAAGGUCCAGCACCGGCCUCCCUAGUGAGGCCCCGUCGGGCGGCGAGCCGUCGAGGGGCGCCACCCACCGGAGGAGAAGCGACCAUGCGACUAGCGAUACCAACAAUAAUAGCAAUAACGACGACAACACUGCCGCUAACACCCAAGACCCAGGCUCAAGUGAGAGAAACGACCCAGACGUUCACAACAGCACCAGCUACGGCAGCGACACGAGUGUAAACGGCGAGGUCGCUACCAGCAACGGCGAGGCACAUCACAGGACCGUCACCGUGGGAAACGGUAGAAAUAGCGCCGAUGGCAAUAGAAAUGGCGGAAACAGCGGAGAGAACAGUAACAGUGACGGUAACAACACAAACGGCGACGUCACCGAAGGCAACAACAGACGCUCCGAAGUCACCAACAGAAAUAACACCAACAGUGAAGGCAGCAGCAGAAACACCGCCGACAACGAAGAAAACAGAAGCAGUAGUGAAGGUAACGCCACGAACGGCAACAGGGGUGGAGCCAACAGAAGUAACGGCAGGAACGGGAGGCAGAGUCCGAGAAGGAACGGAAACACAGGGCCCGGGGUGGAGGCGGAGAGGCUGAGGAUGCAGGGCGGCACCUGGAGCCACAACCACUCCGGCCUGAUGGCCUCCCUCGCCGUCACCGUCACCACCUUCAACAUCUCCAGGUUCGCAGUCCUCGGCGCCAGGUUUGGAUGGCCGUUUGUGGUACAGUGGGUGGUGGUGUCGGCGGUGCUGGGUCUGCCCCUCAUGACGUUCCACGUGACCGUGGGCCAGUACCUGGGCGCCGGGGUCGUCGACAUGUGGAGGAUCUCGCCCAUAUUCCAGGGCGUCGGCUACAGUUUGGUGGUGGCCCAAGCGUUGGUGGGGCUGUACUGUUGCGUUCCCAUUGCCUGGCUCUUCAUCUUCUUCAGGGACUCGUUCAUCACCCACAACAACAUGUUCCGCUGGGCUGACUGCCGCUUGGUGAACUGUUCUGUGUUCAACAACUUCAGCACCAUCAUCAUCGAGGGUGUCCCCAAGUACUUCAAUUCGCAGGUGCUUCAGAGGGGAGACGGCGAUGCGUCAUGGCUGCAGGAGCUAGGUUCACUCAAGUUUGAUAUGGCAUUCAAUAUUGCUCUCAUCUGGAUCAUAACUCUCAUCGCUCUCAGUAGAGGUAACCAAUCAUAUGGGAAAGUGUGCUACAUAGUGUUCCUUGUGCCUCUACUGUGCUACUUGGUAGUGUGUCUCUACCUGGCUUCCUGGACCAAAGAUGAUCUCUACAUCAAUGAUGUCACAAACUUCAGUGAAUUUUUCAUGAACAGUCGUUCAUGGAUGGCAGCUAGUCGAGAAGUGUUCCUAGUCUGGGGUUUCCAUGGGGCUGUUCUUCAACAGAUGGCAGCCCACAAUAAGAGAGGACAUGCUCUAUACAGAGACACAACAAUAUUAUCAGUAAUUACAACCUUGGUGCUGGUGCUGGCAGCCGUCACUGGUUCAUCUUGUGUGUCAGGACUCCUUCAGAACAACCUACACUACAAACCAUCUUCCUUCGAAAACCUGGAGAAUGCUCAGUUCCUGACUGAAUCAAAAGUCCAACACAAGAUGAUAUUUGAAACUUUCCUUCAGCAUCUGCAAAUGGGAAAUUUGUCACCACAGUAUCUUGCUGAGUAUAUGCAUCAUGAUAACUUUUAUGCAGGAAUUAGAAUACGCCCACCAAAACUUGGAAAUGUGAAGAGAACAGAAUCAGAUGAGCGGAGUGGUUAUCAGAGUCUACGUCUAGCCACAGAGCUCUUCCCAGCGCUUCUUGCUGUCAACGGGGCUCAGCAAAUCUCACCAUUCUGGUCGUCAUUAUUCUACCUGAGUUUACUUCUCUUUGGUAUUGCUCAACAGCUGGCUGUCUGGCGAACAGUUGUGGAAGCCGUUAUACGCAUAAAUCGUGAGCGGUUACAAGCUUGGGAGACGUUUAUCACAUUUCUCUGUUGUUUGUUUGGGUUUUCUGCAGCACUGCCAAUGGCCACUGGAGUAAGUUAUCAGCUAUUUUUUCUUCUGGACUACUUCCUAAAGUGUGGCUGGUUUUUUUUAAUGAUUAUACAACUUGUUCAGAUUUUUGCUCUGCUGUUUGUGAGAGGAAAACCAUACAGCGGUCAAGACAUUGUUAGUGAACUGAUGGGCAACAAUGAGCAGUGCCGGGCACUGUGGCUGGGCCCUCUCACUUCCUUCGCCUGGAACAUUAUUGUACCUGUGGGCCUUCUAGUUCUCUCUAUAUCAUCAUUCAAGUCGGGGCAGUAUAGAGAAGUGUUUGCGUGGGGAAGUGAUAGCUACUGGCAAGUGUGGGCAUGUCAACUUGCCUCAGCACUUCAGCUGUUCCCAAUCCUUUUGGUGCCACUUGUUGGACUCAUCCAGACGUGUCGGUAUCUUGCGGCUACAGAUGAUGAUCUCUUUGAGAGAAUACAACUGUUAUAUAGACCAACACUACGGCAACGCACCAGUGGGAAUGGUAGUUUCCUUUCUGUCACAGAAGAGUCAGACCUAGAUGGCUUAGCAGGUCUUAGAGAUGGACAAGAUGAAACAGGAACAGUACCUGCUCCUCGACCAUACAGUGACCCACCUCCAAAGUACACACCGCCUCCCUCAUACUCCACGGCUACUGGAGUCAGAUUUGCAAAACUCCUGAAUCAAAGUUUCCGUCAGAGUAUGAGACGCCUUCGUUACACAUUGCGUAAUGGCUCGGAAGAUAGUACACACAGGGAUGUAGAUGGGACUCCACAAGAAGUUGAGUGUGGGCAGCCCAGCACAACAGCUAGGGAAGCCACCCCAUACAUCCCUCCACCAGAUUAUGUAACUGUUAUCACAGAAUGUAGCAGAGAAAGAAGUCACAGCUCUACAUCUAAUGAAGCACCUCCUCGGUACUCUACUUUAGAUCCGUUAAGAAGACAAGAAGCACUGGCAGCUUUGGCUAAUGCUGCGUCUUCUAGUAUGUGUAUUAAAACUGAUGAUGAGACUGAACUACCUUUACCCACAGCUCCAUCAUUACACAGAAACAAUAGCUUACGUAGAUCAGGGCUCAGACGCAGCAUAGCCUCAGGUGUGAGGCGAAGUGCUCGACGUCUUGCAGCAACACUUGGUGUUGGGAGUGGUGAAGAUGGGGCUACAUUAGUAGGUAGUGAAGCCUCAGUUAAUGAAGAUAAUCAGUCAGUAAGAGAAGUUGAACCUUCACAUCCAUAUGCAUAUACUAAUUUUGAGCUGGUCUCCCACUCGCAUGCGUGAGGUUGCUUAGGUCUGAUGUUCCAGUGAAAGAGUAGGCAUUAAUAUUUAUAGUUAAAAAUUUAUCUAUGUUAAUGUUGAUUGUUUUGUUGAUAGAUUUAAAAAAAACAUAUUCUAUCACUUCUUAUUUUAGCAUAACCAGAAAUAUAUUAUUAGUGCAAUAAAGUCAAAUUAAUUAUUAUAAUUACUACCAGCAUGAAAGCAACUCCUUUUUAAUGUUAAAAGGAUUUAAUAUUUACACAACAAUUGUAAAUAAGACUAAUACAUUCUACAGACACCAGAAAAUCAAUAAUGUACAAUUCUCCACUUUAAUUAAUGUUUACCGAGUUUAAGUACUGUGCUCAAAUUUGUAUAUAGUUUUUAUUUCACUGAAGGAAAACAUAGCAUUUCAUUAUGUACCAAAAUAACAUAACUGGUGGCUUACAAAAAGAUCAUAGGUUUUUUAAGAAAGUAAUUUUUCUAUAAAUUAUGCUUAAUAUUAA